GACAGACAGUCAGAGAGAGCGAAAGAGGGAGAGAGGAAAUAAAAGUUAAAGAAAAUAAACAUUUCGAUGCAAAGCGAGAAUGGUGAGCGCAUUGAAUUGCUUUGGCCUGGCCAUCGGUUGUGUGGACAUCAUAGGAGCUUUGUUCUUUGAGCUGAUGAUUAUUUUCAUGCUGUGCCAAAGAAAAGGCCACAGAACAACAACUGAAGAAGAGCAGUCGACGGAUGUGACAACGUUCCGUGGCAACAGGGUAAGUGCUCGGUUGCUGUGGAUUUACCUGUUCAUAUUGAACGUGUGGAUAGCUAUUUCAAUGCUGAUGCUCGCUGGAAUCAUAUUGCACAAGCCACAGCUGAUGCUGGUCUGGCUUAUCUGGUGCUUUGGUGGAAUGAUAUUCGAUGUGGUGUUGUUUUUUUAUGGAUCCUGGAGCUACUGUCGGGCGAUGUCAUUGAGGCGCUAACUAACAUCAUGAUAUCAUUGCUAA